AUGCCGGCGAGCAAGCCGACUCUGCUCCUCGAUCUGCGCCUCACCAAUGCGUUGGACGACCAGCAGCCCACCCGCUGCCGCAACUCCUCCUGGCACGACGCCGUAUCCAAUUCAUUAUUCGACGCGACGCGGAGAGGCGACUCGCUACGCGCGGACGCAAGUGUGGGCGCCGCGGAGAAAUUUGCCGCACCGCACGGCCCGGGGGUGACGUUUGAGUCGACUUCGACGCAUAUGAGAGGAACCGGCGCCCGGGAAAGCCGAGCGUGGCUGGAAAUCGAGGAGGAGUGGAACGAGGAAGACGAAAGCGAGGAGGGCGACGAUGCGGCGAUGCUGGACGUCGACGCGUUUCUCGGGCGGCGGUUAACGCGCGAGCCGAGUUUUAGCAUCGAGGACGCGGCGCUGUACGGCCUGCCGGAGGAAGUGGCGACUCCGCGCCCCGCGUCAGCGCUAUUCACGGCGAGCGACAGCGAAGCAGCGGCGCUGCGGCUCGCGGUGAUGGAAGCGGAGGUCAACAUAGUCAUGGAGACGAACCGCCUCGUGUCCGCCAUCAAAUGCCAGCUCACCUCCCCCUGCUCCACCAUCCCGCCCCGCUCCCCUUCCGCCACGGGUACCACCUCCCCCUUUUCCCCUCCCCGAACCCGAACCUCCUGGGACUUCCGCUCCUUCUCCUCCCCUGCCUCCACCCCCUCCUCCGCCUCCGCCUCCGCCCACUCCGCCCUCUCCCCCUGGCGCCGGAAAACCCCCUCAGUGUCCCCCACUGCUGGGUGGGCCUCGCAAGUACCAGAGGAAGAGCCUGUCUUUGGUUCCCCCAUGGCUGAUCGCGCCAUCUCUCGCUCCCUCACCUCCUCGUCGCUUCUUCCCUGGCCGCGCUCGUCGCACAUCACCCGCUCCCACACGGCAUCGUGCGACCGCCUGCCUGCGAGCUUCGUGCCUCGCAGUGAGUCCAACUGCUCGGCGACUUCCUGUGCUGAUCGGUCACCGUUUGGUGGUGUGGCUGGUGGUGGUUGCGAGCGGAACAUCUCGCAAACACGCCUCCCGUCGUUUUCGAAUGGGACGGGAGGAGCUCCUGGCUUGAGUCGCAUAGCGGCGGGGCGGCUGCACAAGGAGCUGGCGGAGUGGCAGCGCAACCCGCCCCACGGAUUUGUGUACCACCCCAGUGACAACCUGCAGAGAUGGAGCAUAGACGUGCACGGGGCAGCGGGCACGCUGUAUGCAGGGGAGGUGUUUCAGCUGCAGGUCGACUUCCCCUCCAACUACCCACUCGAAGCCCCUCAGGUCAUAUUCUCGCGCAACCCACCAGUGCACCCACACAUCUACAGCAACGGCCACAUAUGCCUUGACAUCCUGUACGACUCGUGGUCGCCUGCCAUGACUGUCAGCGCAGUGUGUCUCUCCAUCCUCUCCAUGCUCUCCAGCUGCAAGGAGAAGGUGAGGCCGGCAGACAAUGAUCGGUACGUGCAGCGCAGCGGCCAGUCCCCCAAGAACACGCGCUGGUGGUUUCACGACGACCAGACGGGAUUCACCAUCCCGUCGUCAAUCUGCAACUCACCUAUUUUUCGGUUCCCUUGGCGUUCAUCCUCGAUUUCUCUUCGAUUGUUAACCCCUUUUCCCCCUAUGGUCUGUGCCCUGUGCUCGCUGCUGCUGCAGCAGCGGCUCCACACCCACAAGCCAGCGCACACGCCAUGCAUACCGCCUCAUUUCCUCUCAUUUCCCCUUCAUCUGCUCAUCACUGAUGCUGGGUUUGUCGCCGAGGCAGGGCGGCCAGCAGUGGGAGCAUCGGCAUGGGAAAGGGAGCAGCGAGUGCCACACCUGCCUCGAAUCAUCUCUGCAGCAACCUCGUCAGAAGCUAAGUGCUCUUCCUCCAAGGUCCUCACUCCUCCUGUCUGUUCAGCUCUGUCUCGCAUGCUCAUGCCGCCGUCUCUGCUCUGGCUGCAAGGGGACACGCCGAGGGAGUUAGUCAACCACCUCCCCAGCGGAGCUCUCACCAUCCACUAUCGUCUUCCCUGGUCAAAUGCUGCUUCCUUCCCUUCUGCAUCUUGCUUCCUUGCACUCACUUCGUCCGUAUCUUCCCUCCUCCUCCCUCCCUGCAGGUCACUUGGCAGCAUGGGGAGUGGUGGCAUGGGGAAGGAGGCAGGGGCAGCAGCAGAGGUUGCAAGUGGGAUGCUGGGAGCAGCGAGCGCCACACUCACGCCACCUGCCUCGAAUCGUCACUGCAGCAACCCAUUCCGAAGCUAA